AUGUCAGAAGAAACGCUGACCUUCCUGUGUAACAAACUGCAGCCAGUUAUAGAGCGGCAAGACACGACCUUCCGUAGAUGUGUGCCCCUGAAGAAGAGAGUGGCUAUUGCACCGUGGAAGCUUGCUACCGACUCUGAAUAUCGGACCAUUGCACAUCUUUUUGGUGUCAGCAUCACAUCUGUGUGUCGGUGUGUGCAGGAGUUUUGUGUUGCAGCAGAGACUUUGUUGGUGCCAGAAGAAAUCUGUUUCCCAGGUGAGGAGAAAUUGAGAGAAAUGGCUGCCUACUUUGAGAACAGGUGGGGACUCCCACAGUGUGUUGGUGCUAUCGAUGGAUCACACAUUGCACCUCAGGAGUAUCACUGUGACUAUUUCAAUUGCAAAGGCUGGCACUCAGUCAUACUUCAAGGUGUUGUUGAUGGAAAGAGGCUUUUUUGGAAUGUUUUCACUGGACUACCAGGGAGUUUGCAUGAUGCCAAGGUCCUGAGACUGUCCACACACUGGGAGUUAGCCACUGAAGGAAACCGCUUCCGAUCUCACACCAGAAACAUUGGUGGGGUGACUUCUGGCUACUACAUCCUUGGAGACUCAGCAUAUCCCUUACAGAACUGGCUCCUGAAACCAUUCCACGACACUGGAUGGCUUACAGGGGAACAAUUGUUUGACAAAAAAUUUAGUAACGCACGGGUGGUUGUGGAAAAUGCUUUUGGCAGGCUGAAAGGAAGGUGGCAUUGCCUCCUGAAAAGGAAUGACUGUGAUCUCAGACUAACAAAAUCAACGGUGAUGACUUGCUGUGCUUUACACAACUUGUGUGAAAAUCAUGGACAGACAUAUGACAUGGAGUGGGACACCUGCAGCAGCAGUUGA